AAAUGAAGGUGUGGCUAAUUUCUUAGCUUACAAAAGACUGUUGAAACUCCACAACUUCAACUUGUCCACACGGGGAGAAGAUGGUCGCCGUUUACGUCGUUUUGCUGCUGCUGGUACUGAAUGGUGGACCGGUAUCAGGCUUCAAAUUGCAAAUUGGUUGGAGUGGUAGAGUGAGCGCCGGGUCCAGCACCACAUUCACGUGUUCGUCCAACUGCUUGGCAAACUGCACCUACUCCUGGUCUCUGUUCAACCUCACGUUCAAUGGGAGCACGCUCACCUGGACGCCGGAUGGACUGCACCCAUCGGUGACACUGCAGUGCACGGUGCAAAAAAAUACGGGAGAUUCCAGCACCACCAAGACCAUUUUGGAAAUUAAAAAUCCAGUGUCAGUGCAAGUCAGUCCACCCGGUGCUGUUCCGUCUCUGAACCGGCCCGUGGACCUCGUCUGCCACAUUAAUGGACUCCCACCUCCCACCCUCUUUGCGUUGCCGGUGGUCUGGUACAAAGAUGGGCAGAAGGUGGUGUGGCGAGAUCAUAUGCACCUGCUCCACAACACUACGAUCCAUUUUGACUCACUGCUGCCAUCUGAUGCUGGAUUCUACAUGUGUGAGACCAUGCUGAAGCAGACUCGGGUUUUCAGUCUGGGCUACCUGCUAAGCGAUGAUGCUGGGUGGAACGUCAGCAUCAGCGGGCCCGACCAGGUGUUUGCGGGACAAAUGUGCUCGUUCACCUGCUCAAUGAAGUGCACCUUGAACGUGGACUGCACCGUGAGGUGGCCAUUUGAGGGCGGUUUCCCCCUGGGAAGUUACUUUUCCGUGCAUGAAAACCAGCUGUGGUGGGUUCCCACUGUGCCGGGAACCUUCCAAAAUUUCACCUGCCUUGUGGAGAACGUCGCAGCGGGACGCUCAGCCAAGGCCACCAAGAUGGUGGAAGUAAAAGGUAUUCCUCUCUCUGGAUCCAUACAGCUCACUGGAUUGUCCACUUUGAUUUUCAGCCUGGCUCUACUAUCAAUGACUUUCUAACAACUCAAAGAGCUACUUUAAUAUUGAUUGUUGACUUCUUACAUUCACUUAUUCUCUAUAUCAUGAAAUAAUUUAUGAACAGUGCAAAGAUUGAGUAACAUUUACUUUUUAAACUCAAUACUAUAAUUUCCUUGAGUGUAAAGAAUUCAACAGAGUAAAUCAUAAUGUACAUUUUUCCCAGCAUGCUUGCUUUGGCCACCGGGAGGCAGUAUAACACAGUCAUGCAGACACAAAAGAACAGCACUUCUACUUGUUCAGUAAGUCACUCAGUAAGAUGCUGUUAUAUGAGCCGUUUUUCAUUGAGGGUAAAAAAAAAUCACCUGUUAGUAUUUUUAUAUUAUUUGUCUACAUGUGUCGAAAAGCGUAUCAAUGCACAUAAACAGGAUAAAAUGCUGCCUUCCCGAGUGAAAAGGACUGCAUGGUUUUCGCGCCCCCACCACCACCACGGUUCUGGCGCACUUCCGCAAAUAGAAGCUACCUUCUCGUCGUCAUGGCAACAAAACCCGGACUGGCCAUUGGCCUUGCAGCGUAUGGGUCGAGAUGCGGGCUGGCUUAUUUGCGUUGAACUGGCUUACGAUUUACAAUUGGUAUGACUGAUGGCGCACGUUGCCGAUAAAGCGCCCGACCACCAGCCAGUGUGGAUAUAGGUUUGUUUGACUGGAUGACAACCUUUGACCGGUUCGUGUUAUUGAUUCACCCGAAGCUAAAUGGAAGCCAUUGUGACGUACGUCGGAAAUUUUCAAUGACUAUCCUUCCCCUCUCUGACUCAUAUUUAUUUUACACACAUGUGAAAUACAAGUGUGUGAAUCACACAAAGCAAACAUAAGGGUGACAAAGGUCUCCGGUGUGUUUUGACGCAUUAUUGGGCCCCUCACAUCUUGCUGUAUUUGCUUUUAGAUUAUCUACCCCUGUCAUGUAUGGAUAUAAGUCAGACAAUCAUUAUUUUACUCUUACAUGAUCA